AUGGUAUUCAUAACCAUAUUCAUGGACACAUUGGCAGCUACGAUUUCAACUCCUGCCUUCACAUCCGCUUUCUGCGCCCCAGCUCUAGGAAAACUAUCAGACCGAAUCGGACGGAGGAGCGUCCUGCUUGCUUCACUAGUCGGAGCUGGCGUGGCAAACUUGGGACAGGCGUGUGCUGGGAAUUACUAUGAACUCCUGGGUUGGCGGGCAUUCUCGGGAGUCUGGGCAGCUGUAGGUAACUCUGCUCAGGUGUACCUCAGUGAUGUGUGCUCCCCGGCUGUGCUGCCUGAUUACAUGUCAAAGUUAUCUGCUGUCCCAAGCUUGGCCAUGACGUUUGGUCCAGGAUUGGGUGGCGGGCUUUCCAAAUUUGGAUUGAACGUUCCCGUUCUGGUGGAUGGGCUCUUGUCGCUGGCGGCAGCUGGGCUGUGCUACAUUUAUUUGCCCGAGUCGCCCAGUUGGGAGGCAGACAAGGGGAAGACUGAGGAUGCUGUGAAGCACUCCUCAAGCUCCUCUAGCCAGGUUCCAGGCAAUGUCAAAGUGUUAGCAAUCUCUGCUGUUUUCCAGGGCGUUAGCUUUGGAACUGCGGUCUCCAUGUCUGCCAUAACACUUGCUGCAAAACUGGACUUUGACUCCCUGCAUGUUGGAUUCACUUUCGUGCUGGCGGCUCUUGCAACGCUAGCGACCAGCAUUUGGGGCACCUCCCGUGUGCAAAGCAGGGUGGGGUUGAAGAACUGUGCCGUGCUGGGAACGUUACUUGGCGGAGCGUUCAGCCUUGCAAUGGCUCUUGUCCCCGGCGUUUGGCCUACGGUGUUCUGCCUUUGCUUUUCACGUAUAGGUUCAGCCCUGCGUGGCGGCAGUGCAGGAACAAUCCUGACAAGGUUCACAAACCCUUCAAAUCGCGGAAGCGUUUUCGCUAUGCAGCAGUUUGCAUUGAACAUAGGCCGACUUGUGGGUCCUGUUGCUGCUGGGCACCUGGCAGUUCGAGACCCCAUUGUCCUGCCCUGGUUGUUCAGCGCGGUGUGUUCCCUAGCAUCAGCAGUUAUCUUGUUUGCCGUUCAGAUGCCUGAUGCAGAGCAGCCACCAUCAGCAAAAAUGCUCCGCGGCUUCACCGACCUGGCAGGAGCUGGUGACGUUUUGGAGUUGGAGUACGGCAGCGCAGAGGAUUGCCAAGCUCUGGGAGUCUAUGUAGGUGACCUUCUGACGAAACGGCGAUAUCGCUGGGUGUCUAAGCGGGAGGCUGUAUAUAGUAUGCUGGACAAGCUGCUGCCGGAGCUGUCUGCUGGAACAUAUGACCAUGUUCAAGACAUAGAGCGCUUGAUGAAACAUAUGGAGCUCAUUCAAAAGGAUUUUCAGAGCGUGCAAAGCCGAGACUGCUGA